GAGCAUUUACAGCUCGGUAGAGACAACGACACCAGGAUGUCUGGUAGAGGCAAAGGUGGGAAGGGGCUCGGCAAGGGGGGCGCCAAGCGCCACCGCAAGGUGCUGCGCGACAACAUCCAGGGCAUUACCAAGCCGGCCAUCCGCCGCCUGGCUCGGCGCGGCGGCGUCAAGCGCAUCUCGGGGCUCAUCUACGAGGAGACGCGCGGCGUUCUCAAGGUCUUCCUGGAGAACGUGAUCCGCGACGCCGUCACCUACACCGAGCACGCCAAGAGGAAGACGGUUACGGCCAUGGACGUGGUGUACGCUCUCAAGCGACAGGGGCGCACCCUCUACGGCUUCGGCGGCUAAAGCUUCUUCCUUCCCCCCAGACCAUCUCGAGAACCUAAAGGCUCUUUUAAGAGCCACCCACUUUUUUCUUUUGAAGGAGCUGUUUCGCAUUAUUUGUACGUUUUCGGUAAUCGCCGUAUUUCUGUUCUUCUGAUGUUCACGCUCGCGUGUUUCCCAUCUCCCCCUUUCCCUUGCCGACUUGCAGCCCCGCUGGCAAGCCUUGCCCUUCGGCUCUGGGCGCCUCUCUAGGUCUAGGGACCUGCUGCUGCUGUAUUGUUACGCUUCACGGUUCUGCCGCCUGCUUCUCUCCCGGCAGCCGCUUUGGGAAGAGCUUGCUGAGGCGCUCUGCGAGUUUGUGACUGGCGUGUACUGAUACCACAAAGUCCUGGAAGCUGCCUGGGGUCUGGAGAGCGAACCUACUGCCUCCCCUUCAGGGGCUUUGCUUGGGAAAAAAAAACCGCGGCCCACGGGAACAGUCUGUCUGCACCAACCAAAUAAAAAGAAGGAAAAAGGUAAAACCCGACUGUGUCUCGCCAAAGGGCGGUGGGUCUUUAGUUUCCUCACGCUCACAGGGGGAAGGCGUAGCAACUACACCGGGUUCGCUUCAGCCGGCGGGGCGCGGGGGCCAGCGGUCGCCCCGGGGAGGGCCCAUCCCUCCCCGGCCGCGAGCAGGCUGAGCACCCGUGCUCUUUUGAAAAGCCCGCGCAGGCGGCGAUUGGCUCCGGGCGAUUCCGCGCCCGGCAGAACCCGCGCUCCGCUCCCCGGCACAGCGCCCGCCCUGGGCACUGCCCGGCCGGGAGAGUGGCACCAUCCUCCAACCGACCACUGGCCGGGGCAGAGGUGCGGAGCCCCUAAGGAAAGCGCAGAGUACUCGGCACAGCCCGAGCGCUCUCCGCCAAAGCAACUGAGCCAGGGCCAC